AUGUCAAACACCAGAUUUGAAGACGGAACCAAUCUUAAAGAAUACAUUCGCAACAGAAUCAUGACAGAAAAAGGAGUGUGGAAAAUGGACAACGAAGCACGACGGAUCGGAAACGACGGGGGGUUGACGUUGGUUGAGGAACUGGUAGAUCUGAAGGAAAAGGACGGUCAGAUGGAAAAGGUACUGACAGAUCUGAAGAAGGGGCUGGAAGACCUGAAGGAAAAGGACGGUCGACGGGACAGGAUGUUGUGGAAAGUCCGUGUUUCUGAGCUUGAAAGAGUCUUUAAAAAACAUAUGAAGCAGCCCGCUUUGAACGAAACGAGAUUGUCCAUGGUGCAGACAUCUUCAACGACUAUCAAGCUCUGA